AAGAAGAGCAAGCAAGACCUGAGGCUUCUCUCUUCUCUCUGCGUCUUCCUCUUCCCUGCCAGCCCACCCAAGACGCAGCCAUGGCCACGAUAUACAGCGGCGCGCCCUCCCCGUCGCGCUUCCCGUUCUCCGCGCACACGCACUACACGGCCAACGCGGACGCCGCCUCCGCGCAGAUUCAGAUGCAGCAGCUCCGGUACGGCGGCUACGCCAUGGACAACCAGAUGGAGGCCUCGUCGCCGCCGUCCUUAGCGCCCCCGGGCGCCACGCUCGGCCUCCUGAGCAAGCAGCACCUGUACGAGUCCAACGCCAUGCGCCUCUCCUCGCCCGGGUACAGCAACCAGCAGCAGAACGUGUCGGCCGCCAUGUACAUGCAGUCCAUGAUGAGCAAGAUGUACCAGCCGCAGCAGCCCCAUCCGCCCCCGAUGGACAUGUCGCCCCAGCAGCAGCAGCAGCAGACCGACGCGCUGCUCGUGUCGCCAGGCGUCCCCGCGCCCGUAGAGCUGUCUAUUUAUGAGAACAAGCAGCCCACCGGCUUCCUGCACGUGACGGUGGGGAACCAGACCGUCGAGUUCUUCGACGGCGUCGCCAACAUGCCGCAGAAGCGGUAGAGGCUUUUCUUUCUUCUCUCGCAAGAUGAACGUGACAGCAUCCCGCGACUAAAAGACGGGCCGUGUUCCCUCCUCUCUCCAACCUACAAGCCGCCAAGUACGUAACGAUUGGACGCCCUCUGCUGAUUCCCAGGACGACAGCGACCAGCCUCUUUAUUGAAAAACAAGAAGAAUCCCCAGAGCAAGCGUCGGAAAGCCAAGUGAACGAGGUGGCGGAGCGCUAUAGAAACUCUUCUCGUCCGUGUCAUCGUGGUGUAUUGCGUCAAGUUUCGUGAGCCAAGCCAAGCCAGCCAGAGGCAGCUAGCUGCUAGCUUCUCUUUUGUGUGUAUUUUAUCGGCAGUCCCGAGUUCCUCCGCUGCCGUCGACGCCUGUACUUCUUCACUUUCAUCGUAUCUUUCUUCCUUUUCAUUUUCACCAGCCAUUUCAAUUUAAUCGCAAGAAGACAACGACCAGUUUUGCUUUCCACGC